AUGGCAAAUCAUAAAAAGGAAGAAGUAAAACCAGUUUUGGGUUAUCAAAGAUCAGAAAAUUUCUACCAAACAGAUCAUAAUAAUUAUCAGCAAUUUCAUCCUGCAGGAUAUGCUCAACCCUGUCCUGGUUAUCCUGCUAAUCCAAAUGAAGCACAACCCCUUCAUUAUUAUGAUUAUAAUCAACAACCUAAUAAUAAUUAUCCAGCUAGACCUCUGCCUUAUGUAUCCCCUGAAGUUAGCCAAGGAUUCUCUUUUGCCCGUGUAAUGCUCUGCCUAAUGGUUUUUUUAAUCUUGUUUGCAUCUCUUAUGAGCAUGGUUGCAUGGUCAGUAUUUUCAUCAGAGUGGCCAACAAUUAAGGUGGAAUCAUUCGUUGUUCGUUCCUUCGAGAUUUCAAACGGAUCGUUGCUGAAAGCAAAUUUGGAAACCAAAGUAUCCGUGAAAAAUACAAAUCAUCGAUCAUCAAUCGUGGUAUUGUACGCAGAGAAUACGUUGUUAUACAAGUACGUUGUUCUUGACACGACUUCAUCGGUUGAUCAUUUGGAAAUAGCCAAAGAGAGUACCGUCAUGUUGCUUGACGCUUUUGCAUUGCCAAAUUCUAAACGGAGCUUCACCGGGGAUUCGGUGCUCAAUGAAAUGGCUAAAGAUCAAGGAAGAGGGCACAUUCUCUUUGAUUUGAAAAUUGAUGUUCAAGUCAUAUUUAAGUCCCGGGUUUAUGAGAAGAGAAACAAGAUCCGUGUGUAUUGUGAAAAGAUUAAAUUGAAUUUCCAAAAUGGUUCCACGAUUCCAACGUGGGAUGGUUCUAAAAGUGAAUGUAUAAAUGGUUGA